ACAUAAUCUAACCCCUCUGUUUUUUUCAGUACAUAAUUGUACACCUUCUAUGCCCCGCUUAAUUGUGUGUUCAUUUUGUUAAUCAAGAAGCAUCUGAUUUUAUGGCUGGCGUGGUGCUCCAGCGCGACCGCUUCGUGUGCUGCCUCGAGUCGCAUGGCCACCAUGCCCGCGCCGAGGCGAAGGCCGCUGCCACUCUCAACGCCCUCUGCUGCGCGCUCUCGCCGGCGGCGUUUGCAAAGCCUUGUCGUGGCGCUGCAAGUGUUGCCCCCCUCCUCCCCAAGGGCAAGGUGAAGGAAGGUGCAUGUGUGGUUCUUCAGCAGCUCGCAGCGAGGAUUGCUGUGUCCAACCUGCAGAAGUAUGCCAAGAAGUUCUCGGAGAUGAUUAAGGACAUGUCCCCGCACUACAACGAGAGAUCUGAGCUGUUUGGAAGUUAGUUUAGUUUUUUGUUGUGGAUUCACAGCUUCUCACAUGUAUGAUCCUCUUAGACCUUUAGAUUUCCAAAGAAACUAAAUGAAGAUAUGGUGGUAUGGUCUCAAUAGUACAACUUAAAGCCUUUCAUGUUUUAUA